AUAUUAUUCCUUAAUAUCUUAACACACGAAAGAAAAAAAAAACGUUAUUCAUUUACUGCAGAUGACCGGAAGUCAGUUAUUUUUACUUCCGAGUCGAAAAUCAACAUGGAUAUUCCGAAUCCGCCUGAAGAUCUUGAACAGAAGAAUAUCAUCGACAAACUGGCCAAUUUUGUGGCUCGAAAUGGCCCAGAAUUUGAGCAGAUGACCAAACAGAAGCAGAAAGACAAUGCAAAGUUCAGUUUUCUCUUCGGCGGAGAAUAUUACCAAUAUUAUCAGUUCAAAGUCAACGCAGAGCAAUCAGGUUUUCUGCAAAAUCCUCACAUUGUUCCCGAGUCUGGUCCACAUUUCCAUUAUCAGGGUCCUAGCUGCCUCCUCAGUGUUCAACAUCAAGAGAAGCAGCAAGAUGCACUCAAACAACAGCAGCAGCAGCAGCAGCAACAACAGCAGCAACAGCAGCAGCAGCAGGCUCUGGUGCAACAUGCAAUCACUCAGCAAGUGUUACCUCCCAAUGCCCCGUGGCAGACC